AUUAGCUUGCAGCUGCAGUUUCAGACGUCAUCAAUGAAUGGGCUUCAUGACCAGAACUGAUAGGAUAUUCUCUGAGCCCAUCUCAACACUGCAAUCCAGAAUAGACGCGAGAAACAGCAACCACUCCCGUGCGACAUUGCAAUAGCUCAAUUGGCUGAUCUCGUGGCGUCCCAUUUGGACCGAGCGCAGGACACUCCGAUUCUCUGAUUUUUCCCUGGCUGAUUGUCCUGGGUUACACAAGUGCCUGAAAUGGAAGAACAGGCGUUAUCUGUUCCGUCAGAUGCCAGCGACACGACGCCUCUCCUCCAUUCAAUAUCAGCACCCGAUACCGCCCCUGCGCAACCGAGAGUCACUCGAACUGUCACUUUCAACCCGAACCCAGUAACCAGAACCAUCGAGCCAGCGCGCCAGCUCGAAGUCCCGAGGCAGAGGGCGUCCCAUUCUUUCCAACUGCCCAACAGUCCACGGGCCAUCGCGGCCAUCAAUAAUAAGCUACGUAGGAGGAACAGCCACGGCUCUGCUACUGCAGCGAACCUGCCAGCUCCGGUUGGCUCCAAGAUCGGCCCCCAGAGAAGCAGCAAGAAUGCCCAGAAGCUCAAGCUCCUCCCCACGCCAGAACCGGGCGAGGAGAGCCCCGACGAGGAGAGCGGGCGAGACGUCUAUUCGCAGUAUACACGCAUCAAAGACCCGACGGCGAGACGGCACGCCGCGAGGUUAGGAAAAUCGGAUCGGGACAAGUUGCCACGCGUCACAGCAUAUUGUACAGCGAACCGCUACGACAUGGAAUCUCUCAAGCGGUUUCUCAAGGGGAGGGGUAAAUUGAGAGGCGCGAACCCCAAGCUUUUCGACGAGUGCAUCUACACGCCCUACAGCUACGAGAAGAGCGUCGAGGACAGGCCGGACCACGCCACUGGCGGCGGCCGGCCGGAUCCUGUCCAAACCUACGAAAGGAGACACUCGACUGGUGAAUACCCGACAGACUUGUCCCGCAGCGACCUGAUCGACCUGCAGUCCGAAAACCGACAAGACUCCGGCUUUUCCGACGGGUUUCAUCACGACGGCGCCCGAGAUGUGGACGUGGAUCGCGAAGAGGGUCCCGAUUUCGACACCUACAUCCACACCCCGGAAGUGUUCCUCUUCGACUACGGCGUUGUCGUCAUCUGGGGUAUGAGCAUUCCGCAGGAACAACGGUUUCUCAGGGAGAUUGCCAAAUUUGAGGCCGAGAAGCUCGCCCCGGAUGAUGUCGAGACAGAGUUCUUCAACUUCUACUAUACGAGGGAUUAUCAACCCCGCAUAUACAACGACUUUAUCACGCUACGCGACAAAAACAACUACAUGACAAAACUGGCCAUUUCUCACGCCCUCGCCCAGAGCGUCAAGACCUCCCUCUUUGAAGAACUCAUAGCUUCUACCAUUGAAGAAUGCAAAGACAUCCCGACGAAUAUCGCUCUCACGGGGAAAAUCGCCCUCAGCCGGAAGCAGAUCAACAUGCAGAUCGGCGAACUCUUCAUUCUCCGUAUCAACAUCCAUCUGAACGGUUCGGUUCUCGACACCCCCGAGUUCUUCUGGGUUGAACCCCAGCUCGAGCCCGUGUACGAUGCCGUCCGCAGCUACCUUGAGAUGGACCAACGCGUCCACCUCCUGACGGAACGUCUCGAUGUUAUCGGCGACUUGCUGGCUGUACUCAAGGAGCAACUGAGCCACGGCCACGGCGAAAAGUUGGAGUGGAUUGUCAUCGUCCUCAUUGCUGCAGAGAUACUUGUCGCCGCCAUUAAUAUCGUUGUGGACAUGUAUGUUGGGGAAUGAUACCUUCGGAGAUUUUUUAUUUGGGGGGAGGGGGAGGGUUCAUUUCCUGAAGUGACGUGUCGCUACCCAUCGGCCUAUCUCACCGAAAGCAGACAACAGGCACGUUUGGUCUUUCCUUGAAUAUGUGUUACAAAACGGUAUGGGAUGGCGGGAAAGCAUGCUUUGCCCUAGGGUUUUUUCCCUUCCUUUUUUUCUUCCUUUUUUUCUUCUUUUUCUGUUUACAGUAGAUAGCUUCGCUUCACGGCGCUGGAGCAAUAUAGAGAAAUACUUCGACACCCAAGGAA